GCCGCGCCGAAGCGGCGCGUGACCAUGAAGUACGCGGGCACCUUGGCGUCGAACGGAAAACAGUUCGACGCCGGGAAGAUCACGUUCAAGCUCGGCGCGGGCGAGGUCAUCAAGGGCUGGGACGUGGGCUGCGCGGGCAUGCAGGUCGGCGAGCGGCGCCAGCUCUUCAUCCCGUCGAAGAUGGCCUACGGCGCGCGCGGCGCGCCGCCGGACAUCCCGAAACACGCGGACCUCAACUUCGACUGCGUCCUCCUC